AUGAAAUUGGUAUUUGCUCUCCUUGUUGCACUCCAGGUGUCAGUAUGCCUGUGCGAUGUGCCAAAACCCGAUCAAGAGCUUGUGGACAAGUAUGAAGGUUUAAAGACUGUGUUCCUCAAGAGGCUGGCUCAUGCUUAUGAGAAUGCGCAUACCACUAUUGAGAAACUGGCUGAGGGCACAAUCACAGGAGAGAAGGCCAAGGAAUUAGCAGAGCAGGCAAAAAACAACGAGAGGCUGCAAUCUCUUACUAAGUUGGCCAGUGUUGCAUUUGAAGAGCUGAAGCCUGGUAUAGAAAAGGCGCGUUUGGGUCUUCUUGGCUUGUACGGCGAAUACCUGCGUCCCUACUUCGGCACUUUCCUGGACUCUGCCAUCAACAGCAUCAGACCCUGGCUGGACGUAUGGCUGCCUGCUGAAGAACAUUAA